AUGGAAUGGCCUACUAAAGACAAAAUUACAGGACGAGGUGGCAACAACUGGGGCAAUGUUCUCCAGCAGGCUGUUUACGUUCUAAACCAGCAGCGGAUAUAUGCAACCCUAUGUGCUUCAGGUCUGAAGGUCGUAGUCCCUAAGGAAGGAACUCUCCCACCUGGAAGCACAGCACUUAUUCCGCUGAACAGGGGGCAGUGGAGAAUGCCCCCUGAUGAUUUUGGGUCUCCUCAUGACUCUGGAUCAACAAGUCGGGAUGGGUAUCAGGUAUUAAGUGCUACCCUGACCUGUGUCCUGCGGCUGGGCCUGGACGGAGUCCUCCCAGGGCCCGGGUCGGACGGUUUGCCGAGUCCCUGUGUGGCCGCCCUGGACAACCCCGGGAGCGAAGCGGAGGUGUUGGCACUGCUGGCCGAGGCGGAGCGCAAGGUGAAGCAUUCGCCGUCCUUCUGCUCCGGCCUCUUCGGAGGCUCAUUCAAAAUAGAGGAAGCCUGCGAGAUCUACGCCCGAGCUGCAAACAAGUUCAGAAUGGCCCAAAACUGGAGCGCUGCCGGGAACGCGUCGGCCCUGCUGCACCUGCAGCUUCAGAGCAAGCACGCCGCCGCCACCUGCUUCGUGGACGGCAACGCCUUCAAGAAGGCCGACCCACAAGAGGCCAUUAACAGUGUCAUGAGAGUCAUCGGGAUUAACAAGAACAUGGGUGGCUUCGCGAUCGCAGCCCAGCAGCACAUCUACGAGACGGAGCUGGUGGACAUCGAGACGGCCAUUGCGCAUUAUGAGCAGUUUGCGGACUACCGCAAGGGCGAGGAGUCCAACCGCUCAACCACCAAGUGUCAGCUGAAGGUGGCAGGCGAUGCAGCACAGCGGGAGCAGUACCAGAAGGCCGUGCACAUCUACCAGCAGGUGGAGACCAGCACCAUGGACAGGCCCCUCCUCAAGUACAGCGCCCAGAACUACUUCUUCAAGGCGGCCCUCUGCCACUUCUGCAUCGACAUGCUCAACACCAAACUGGCCUUCCAGAAGUCUGAGGAGCUGUUCCCUGGCUUCUCUGAGUCCCGAGAGAGCAAGCUGAUGAAGAAGCUGCUAGAUGCCCAUGAGGAGCAGAACGUGGACAGCUACACCGAGGCGGUGAAGGAGUAUAAUGCCAUCUCCCGGCUGGACCAGUGGCUCACCACCAUGCUGCUGUGCAUCCAGAAGACCAUGCAGGGUGAUGAGGAGGACUUGCAUGAGGCCCCGCCCAGCCUGGACCUGACUCCGCCCCUGCUCCUGGGUCCCGUCCCCACCCACUUUCCAGUGAGGAGCCAGUGGGAGAAGUGA